UAAUGAGCAUCAGUGACGUAGCAUUUGGAGGAGAAGGCGCGCCAUCAGAGGGAGAGCACAGUGAGAACUCUAGGUUGUAUCCGUUUUCAUCGUCUUUUCUUCGCACACUUUUUGGCAUAAUUCCGUCAAUAUAGGGUCCAGAACGGUUGCCGACAUGUCCUACGGGCCUCCGCCGCCGGAUAUCGAGCGGAUGUACUCCUUGAAGGUCGACAAUCUGACCUACAGGACAACGCCGGAGGACCUUCGACGCGUCUUUGAGAAAUAUGGCGACGUUGGGGACUGCUACAUUCCCCGAGACCGCUUCACCAGAGAGAGCCGUGGCUUCGCCUUCGUCCGCUUCUACGACAAGAGGGAUGCUGAAGACGCCCUAGACGCGCUGGACGGGACGAUCUUAGACGGGAGAGAAGUCCGAGUUCAGAUGGCGCGGUACGGGAGGCCCACUGACCCCUACCGCCGAGCACCCCCACCCAGGUCCCGCUACAGAGGAUCCGGAGGUCGCUACAGUCGUUCCCGUUCUCGUAGCAGGAGUCGAUCGCGCUCCCAUCGCAGGUACAGCCGGAGUCGUUCUCACAGCCGCUCCCGAAGCAGAGGUCGUCGCUACAGGCAGCGCUCCUACUCCCGCAGCCCCAACCGCAGAUCCCGCUCCAGAUCCCGCAGCCGAAGCCGCCACCGCGGCUCCCGCAGCAGGUCACGCAGCAAGCCCAGCCGCUCCAAGUCCCGCUCCAGGUCCGGAACGCCCAAGUCGCGCAGCCACACCCCCGUCGAACCACAACAGGAGGAGAACCACGCCCCGUCACGCUCCCGCUCUAGGUCGAAGUCGUAAAGCCUGGAUCCAGGGCGGGUGAUGCCACCUUUCAUCAGAGUCUACUGACCAACUACUGAGAGACAAACGUACAACAUGACGUUCCUGGUUUCCUGACCAGUGACUGAUGUCCAGUUUAUGAAAAAGGUUAUUGAAUGUUUUUCACUGGCAUUCUAACUGUUCCCAUUCCUGUUUCACCCAUGCUUUUCACCGGAGGAUUUGAAAGCUAAGGAUGUAGUGUGUUAACAGGUGUAGUAUUACAAAAUGGAGAACUCUUUCCCUUCAUAAAGUGAAAAGAUGAAAAUAUGUGAUGAUCCAUAUCUGUGUGAAUGAGUGUCAAAGUCUUGGUUUAACCACUCUUGUCAACAGGACAUUUUAGAAGCAUUGUUAUUGUGAUGUUUUAGUUUUGGGAUGAUGAUAAUGAUAAGUGGGUUAAUGUAUGUUAAUCAUAGUAGCAUAAUUUUUUCUGUAGUCUUCCCAGCACAUGUUAAAAGGUUAACUCUAAAGAAGCUAAGUGGAUGUGUUAACCAGUAAUACAGCAUGUCAACGUGUACCCCUUCUUACCAAUUUCUCAGUGAUUGAAUAAAACCAUGUUAACAUA